AGGAUAGAGCAGAGUGAGCAGCAGGAAGAAGAAGAGGAAACACACCUGUCUCUGGUCUCAGGUGUGCUCAGCUGUGUGGUGUGAAGCUGGAGCACACAGCCCGGAACCCGACACCCCUCCGCUGGACCGGACCGGAGCAGCAGCAGCAGCAGCAGCCAGCCCUCUGGACCGAUGUCCUGGCAGAAAUGUCCCGACAUAUAUACAUACGGAACAAGAUAGGCGAGGGCAUCCAGGCGCCCAUCUUCCAGGUGAAUCGAGGGACUUAUUCCAGGAGGAGCCGACUCAAGAGGUCCGAUGGCAGCACCACCUCCACCAGCUUCAUCCUCAGACAGAGGCGCUCGUUGGAAUAUCAAACCUCCAUGUAUGACAAUUUGUACCUGCAUGGAUUUGAAGACUCGGAGGCGGGCUCAGCUGAUUCAUAUACUAGCAGACCAUCAGACUCAGAUGUCUCUCUGGAGGAGGAGCGGGAGGUGCAGGCCCAGGUCCAGAGCCAGAGCCCAAGCCAGAGCCAAGGACCGGGACAGAGCCGCCAGGAGAAGGAGCAGCAGGCCUCCACUCAACUGGAGAGAGCCAAGACUAAACCUGUGGCCUUUGCUGUAAGGACCAACGUCAGCUAUUGUGGCGCACUGGAUGAGGAUGUUCCAGUACCAGCCACAGCCAUCUCCUUUGACGCCAAGGAUUUCCUCCACAUAAAAGAGAAGUUCAACAACGACUGGUGGAUCGGUCGGUUAGUGAAAGAGGGCUGUGAGAUCGGCUUCAUCCCCAGCCCUCUGAAGCUCGAGAACAUCCGGCUCCUGCAGGAGCAAAAGAAAGGACGAGUCCAAGGUAAGUCUGGGGGGAACUCUUCUUCCAGUGUAGAGGAUGAGGUCUCUGCCUCUAUCCGACCCCUCAUAUCCUCGGCAGGAAAGCAGAAACAGAAAGUGACGGAGCACAUCCCCCCGUAUGACGUGGUUCCCUCCAUGAGGCCCGUAGUGCUGGUGGGACCCUCGCUGAAGGGUUAUGAGGUUACAGACAUGAUGCAGAAAGCACUGUUUGACUUCCUCAAGCACAGAUUUGAUGGCAGGAUAUCUAUCACACGAGUCACCGCAGAUAUAUCAUUAGCCAAGAGGUCUGUUCUCAACAACCCCAGUAAGAGGGCCAUCAUUGAAAGAUCCAACACUCGCUCCAGCUUAGCUGAGGUGCAAAGUGAGAUUGAGAGGAUCUUUGAGUUGGCCCGCUCCCUGCAGCUGGUGGUGCUGGACGCUGACACCAUCAACCACCCGGCCCAGCUCCUCAAGACCUCCCUGGCCCCCAUAAUUGUUCACGUUAAAGUCUCCUCGCCAAAGGUCCUGCAGAGGCUAGUCAAGUCCAGAGGGAAGUCCCAGAGCAAACACCUGAAUGUCCAGCUCGUGGCAGCUGACAAACUGGCCCAGUGUCCUCCAGAAAUGUUCGACAUCAUCCUGGACGAGAACCAGCUGGAGGACGCCUGCGAGCAUCUCGCCGAAUACCUCGAGGCCUACUGGAAGGCGACCCAUACCUCGAUGGCGACGCCCCUGAACCCCCUGCUGGGACGCAACCUGGGCCCCACCACCCUCACCCCCUACCCCACCAGCAUCUCUGGACUGCAGCAGAGCCAAAGAAUGCGACAGAGCAACCACACGGGCGACCACUCCACCCCGAACGAACGACGCAACCUGAUGACAUCGGACGAGAAUUACCACAACGAGCGGGCGCACAAGGGACGCAACCGCAUGUCUUCUGGCUCACAGCAUAGCCGAGAGCAGCAGGACCCCUACCAGGACUACCAGGACCCCUAUCAGGAUGCAUACAAGCCACACCGCAAUCGCAGUUCACCGGGCAGCUACAGCCAUGACUCCCGGCACCGGCUCUGAGCCUACUUCUAUCAUCACCAGGGCCCAAAAAUGGCCCAGAUUCCAAAAUAAACGCUGCAAACAGAGCCAAGACGGUCCCAAAUUGUACCUUUUUAUGUUUCGGUUUUAAUUUGUUUUGUCUACCUGGCUGUUUUUUCUCUUUAAAAGUCCAACAAAAAUCACGUUCAGGUGUUUUGUUUUUAAAUCAAGCUGCCAGGGCAACCCCCGUCAAUCAACAGCGCGAGUAGUCAAAGAGGUUCAACUAAUGCUGUAAAAUGAAUUCCUUUAAUUUAUGUUUCCCGGGACCUUUUGGGAUUGUACUAACACAAAGCUCAGCAGACGUGCAGCGCAGAUUGCGCUCGCUGCCUGUGUCAGCAAGCUAAUUACGGAUAGUGGUCGGAUGGUGAUGGUGAUGGUGUAUGGGCUUCUAAGCGCCUGGGACGUCGCACCAGGCCGGAAGGGAAGUCCGCUGCACACACAGACUGCUGAAGGCUGCUGACCCAAACCCUGGGCCGUGUAUAAAUCCUCUCACCAUUUAGCUUAUUGCAUGCUGAUAGAUGAUCAACCUCCGCAUCCACUUCAUUGAUAUUUUGUACCUAGCAUUUUCUGGAUUCUCUUCUAAUGAGGUGUAGAUACGGAGGUCCAAUUUUCUAAAUCACCUGAUUGUGUGGGAAGGCGUUAUAGUUAGGUGGUGGGGUUUCGUGUUGGGGGGCGUGCAGACGAUAUCUGGCUGCUAGUUUUUGAAAAACUGGUGCUUCACAUUCCCAAACUAUUUUGCUAUUUGAAAGUCACUUUGAGCAAAGGCCAGCUUUUCUGUAGCAUAAGCUUUAGGAUUUCAUUUGGGUGAAGACCCUCACCGUCAUAAGCGGAGCAGACUCUGAUGGUGCUGGGAUCAGAUCUCGGUUACACUGUAGGAGAAGGCAAUACUGCUUCUGUUUGUUAACAGCCAGCACUUAGAGAGAAGGCAAUAGCUGUGGCAGUCUGUCAGAUAGUAUAGUGAAACACAAUAGCAAAAUACUACUUGAGAUGCCGUUUGAUGUUGUUGAGAUGUGGACCAGCAUAGAAACCUUUUGAGCCGUUUGGGAUGUUCUCUCCGGUAUUUUUGGCGCCUGCCAGCGUGAAGAAUAGGACCGUUUUUUUUAGUAUGAUAAACCUAAAAAGAGCAUCUGCUGCUGCAACUACAGGUUGUUUUGCAUUUAUUAGCAUUGAAAUCAAAGCGGAAAAAACAAAGGUACAGAUGGUGGUUAAGUCAUGCGGUUGGGUCACGGCCGUUGAAGUUCCUUCCUGUGGUUUUAGGGGAUUAAAGCGUUAAGAAUGCGACACGGCAGGAUCGGUUGCAUCAUGUUCAUUCUCUGUGUAGCUGGCAUGUUGUCCUGACUGCAGAGCAUGUUCCCCUCCAAACGUAAAAAUAGAUCCCUUACUGUAAGCAAGUUGAUGUUUGUAGAAGUAUAGGGCACAUCUCUACACAAAAAAAAAAAAGAAAAAGAUUACAGAUAAAUGAAAUGUCUGGAUCCCUGCGGUUUGUAACUCAAUACACUGCUAAAGAAAAAAAAUAAGUAUUGGUUUAUGUCAUUCUGAAAAAGAGUUUCAGUGGAUUGCAUGACUCAAAAGUGGAGUCGCCAUAAUGAUAACAGUGUCUAUUAAUUCAGAAUUAUGUUAAAGGUAGAAAGUGAACAGCCCUCACAAAAAGGUUAAUUAACAUGGACAAGAGUUUAGCUCACCCACAUGGUACUUUGUACGGAAGCAGAGAGGUGCUGUGGUCGCUAAUAAUGUUUUUAAGGCUUGUUAUCAUUAUCAUAAUAUAUUGUACAUAUCUUAUUCCUUUUAAGAUAUUAAAUUAUUUUGUGUUCACGACUUAAUUAUCUCAUCUCCAGAUAACAAACUGAUUCUAGUUAGCCAAUUUUAAGCCUGAAAACGGGCUUUAAAUUAAUAAUACAUUCGGCUAAAUGGAACAUUAAAUUGAAAAGUGCUUUUUUUUUUUUGUCUUAUUAUCACAGGACAAAAGGUCUUCCGUACUUCUUAGUCUAUCCACAAAGUCAUUCCUCCUCCUCACCUUUUUGAGAGCAUCAGGAGAGAGUAAGCAACAUUUGUUAUCUUGAAAUAAUGAGAUAGUUGAGUUGUUAUCUUAGCGGGACAACAUUUUAAAAUAAUUACGAAAGCCACAAGAACAUAAGUCAUCUGAACAGUUUGUCAUGUAGAGAUAAAACACUUUUUGGAUGCUCCGUACAUUUUUAAAAGGGAGAUCUUUCUGGAAAAACUGAGUCGUGUGUGUCAUCUGAGUCAUGUGUUCUCCUGGCGGUGUGUCUUUGUGUCUUUGUUUGAUGAGACGAAGGACAACCUGCUGUAAAUUGAUGAAGCUUAUCCUCAGUCCAGAAAGCUUAGCUUACUUUCUAAUGCCACAAAAUGUUACAAUCCACAAAAAAAAAAAAAAAUAUUUUCUUUAAUUAUAUGGAGGACCAAAUCUGACAUAAACGAAUGAUAAAAAUCAAAUUAAUUUUGACUUUAUUUGACGAUUAAUUAAUUCCUUCAUAUUCUGGCUUCAACCAAGAUACAAAAACACACCGCCAGGGAAAUAUACUUCUUAAGGAAACAAACGAUUAUCAUCCUGAUUUGCUCUCUGAUAUCAGAACUGUAUAGUAUAACCGACCAUAUUUGUCAGAAGAGUUUUCUUUGGCAUAUUUAGACAAUUGUUAAAGCUUCUUUUUAAUACUGAGACCCCUUUUCUUUCUGACAAACAUGAUGUACAGUAGCGACCGCUGCAGCACCAGAUCAUUUUGGUGCCUCACAAACCUCGAACUAAAUGCUCAUAGGAUCUGUCCCCUUACAUAUAACGAGCUAUAAUGAUUUGUUUUUGUCUUGAGAUCUAUACAGAGUGCGAUCUAAAAUUAAGAUUUGAAUAACUAAGACUGCUAGCAGGGCUUUUAGUCUUCAUAAUAUGUUCUUCAAACUGGUCAGGAGGAACUUCUUUGUUUAGCAAAUUCUGUAUUUGAAUCAGAAAGUAGACGUAAAUUCUGUCCUGUAUAAGAGAUAUUUGACUGUCCCCAAAAAUUGUAUGACACAGUUUCAACAGACCUAAUUCACGAGGCCUAUUUAGAGCAACUUUCAGAGGAGAACAUGGCCAAAUCCUCCUCCUUUUUUUUUACCCUGACAACAACCUAAAGCCUGACCUGACAUUAAAUACUGAGCAUAUUCUUUCCCGUGGUGCAAAGCAGCUCUUAAUUUAUUGAUUUAAAAUGCAAAAUCUUCUCUGAAAAGAUCACUUUGUAUAGAUCUGGAUGAAAAGGGGGGAAAACUUGUAUAGCACAAAAGAAUAAGCAAAAAAAACGACGGUGUUUUUGAGCAACUGUUCCCACAAUGUGAAUCUGGUAUAAGGGCACAGAAUAUUCUAUAUAUAUAUAAACAGUAUAUACAUAAGAAUCAGUUGACCCUGUUAAUCUCUUUGUUAUACACUUGUUUGUUAAUGGACUGAAACACCAAGACUGCAAAUGAAAAGUUUUAAAGCGACUGUUUACAAGCACGCUUAUGUCUCAUUCUGCCCCAUAGCAUAAAGGCCAUUGGUUGAUUGAACAGGGAGCCAUUUUUCCAUUCAAAAUCAAACCAACCAACCAAUGUUGAGCUGGGCUGCUUGAGACAAUCAGAAGGGAUUUCCAGACCAGCGUCCCACCAACCCUCUCUUUGUGAAUGCCCCAAACUGAUAAGAGAUGUUUGCCCCUUUGAGUCGUGGAAUUAGAUCGGAAUAAAAAAUAACGCCACGCUCACUCACAGACCUAAAACAACUGUCUGUCCUGGCUUUCUUUUCCUUUUCUGUCACAUUUUAUGGCCAAAAUUGUCUCAAAUUUAAACUCAUUACUAAAUUUUGUCUCAAAAUUUAAACUCAUUACUAAAUUUUUUCACGGAUUAAAUCUCAAGGUGACCACAAAAUACCGAAUUUAUAGGGAGGAUUUUAUUUGGUAAAGUGUAAAACAAAAGAGGACAAAAAAAAAAUAAGCAAAAGAACAAAUAUUUAUUCCAGUAGAAAAGUAAUAGAUGAAUAUUUGCUGGCGAUUAUUUUUAUAACAAAUAAAUGUACAUAAUGUCUUUGAGAGAUGCUAUUUGCUGUAUACAUGUGCUGAAAUGAGACGACGACCCAUGUGGGACACUUGGAACAACAGCAAGGUCCAGUAUACAAAGUUUCAGUAAUGUGCAAUACAAAACGGCAUGCUGUUUUAAAAUGAGGAACUUCAUGUACUGUACUAUGCAACCGCAAACUGUGUACAUCGCUUCAUGCUGUGGCUUCUCCAACCACCCUUUUCCAAGCAGCUUCAUCUGGACUUUUAAGGGAUUUUUGUGUUUUAAUCUUUUUUUUUUCUGUGGAAGAUGAAAACCUAAGCGGCUAAUGCGGUAUUGCAUGCAUAAUAUACCAUUCUAAUUUAUAAAAAGGAAUUAAAGAAAAAUACAUGAAAAUUGGAGGUGAUUGUGUUUAAGGCAAAGCUACAAGUGACUUAAAACAUUUCUUUUUCAAAAUAAAAGAGUCGUUCUAA